UGGUACCGCCAGUAGUCUAUCGGACUGUAUCCCUACAAUGAAAACUCUAGUGUUGUUGGUAGGUCUUCUGGCAGUGGCCAGUGCCGAGUGGAUCGAGAUCGAUUGGUCCCAGGUGCGCCCAAUUGAGGAAUUCGACCACUACUGGGCUCGUCUGCCAGCUGAGGUGCAAUACCUGCGUCAGCUGCUGCCGGAACGUCGUAUCACCAAUGGAGCCCAAGCCACACCUGGACAGUUCCCGUAUCAGAUUGCUCUGCUCAGUACCUUCUCAGCAGGAACCGGUCUGUGCGGAGGAACCGUUCUGACCAACAACUUCAUCAUGACUGCUGCUCAUUGUGUCCAGAAUGCCUUCGGAGGUACUGCCAUUAUGGGGGCCCACAACCGUAAUGUUAACGAAGCUACCCAACAACGAAUUGCCUUCACAUCUGGUGGAAUCCACAUGCAUCCUAAUUACACCCCAACCAACAUUCGUAACGACAUUGCUACCGUUCGCCUGAACAGCGCCAUGACCUUCACCGCUCGUGUUCAGCCCGCUCGUAUUCCUGCUGCUGGAGAUAGCCGAACUUUCGCUGGAUGGACCGGUACCGUGUCCGGAUUCGGACGUACCUCGGAUGCCAGCCAGGCCACUUCCGCUGUUGUCAUGUUCACCAGCAACCCAAUCAUGACCCAGGCCGACUGUUUGUCAAGCUGGGGUGGCAACACCAACUUGAUCCAGGCCCAGAACAUUUGCCUGUCCGGAGCCGGCGGACGCUCGUCGUGCAACGGUGACUCUGGCGGCCCAUUGACCGUGCAGGACGGAGGCAGCUUGCAGGUUGGUAUUGUGUCGUUCGGCUCCGCUGCCGGAUGCUCGAUCGGUAUGCCAUCGGUGUACGUCCGCGUGUCGCACUUCCGUGCCUGGAUUCUGGCUAACUCGGAUUUGUAAAUUGACGUUGAUCAUUAGUAAACAGAUUUUGUACAAAGA